GCGACUUGCAUCAAAACAUUUGUAUUGACUUCAGCAUCGCUUUACUCUAUCCCAAAAUGCGAAGUUACUCAUGGACUAGACUUAUAAAAAGAAAAUGUUUUGUCGGGAUUGUUUUAGCCUUUGUUGUUUUUUCGGCAAUUGUGACAGUCUUUCGUCUAUCCUCCUCUUCUAGACUUGAAGUAUCCAAAUAUUCGUCUUCGACACAAACAAGAUCCACGUCAGCAGUCGAACUGAGUUGGCCAGUACCUCUCUCACAGAGCAAAGAUUCUUCAGCAGUAUCCACACCUUUAAAACGAGCUCCUGUUGAUGAGGAACAAAUAAAAAAACUGCAAAUGAUUUAUCCUCUGCUUGAUACAAAUGGUGAUGCAUAUGUCAGUAUUGAUGAAUUACGGAACUGGAUAAUUUCAAAAGUCAAAGAGCACCUUCAAGGAGCUCUUAGAGAAAACAUUUUUCUUUUUACUGCAAUUGACAUGAACCCAAGAAAUGGUCAUGUAUCGUGGACUGAGUACCACUCUUGGUUUCUUAAAAAGAAUGGAAAUAAUGAUACCAAACCAGGAGAUCAUGAUGAGAUGCAUCCAGAGUUGGAACGGUCCAUAAAAGAAAAAAUUUCAUGGGAUAAAGCUGCAUGGUCAGAAGCUGCUAAAACUGAUCCAGACUUUUUAAACUUAGAUGAGUUUCUAAGUUUCCGACAUCCGGAGUCCAGCCAUACUACUUUAUUAGGCAAAGCUGAUGAUUUACUUGGUGAAUAUGAUAAAGAUGCUGAUGAAACCUUAACGUGGGAAGAGUACUCAUUAAUACCAGCUGAAAGUUUACUUGUACGAUAUAGUGACAAAAAAAGGCAAGAAGAGUUUAACAAUUUUAUUGAUCGUAAUAGAGACGGAAAAUUAGACAAACGUGAAAUAUUGUCUUAUUUAGAUCCCAGAAAUCCUCGCCAUGCCCAUUUGGAGGCAGAAUCUCUUAUCCAGAUCUCUGAUACAAACAAAGAUCAACAGUUAUCUAUGAACGAGAUACUUGCCUCAGCCGAUAUUUUUUUGGCUAGUAAAGUAAUUGACACGGAAACCAAUUUCCAUGACGAAUUCUAAAAAGAAUUCGCCGUCUUCUGUAGUAAGAUGUCAUUCCAAGCCAAGAUGAAUACUUCCAUUCAAAUUCUCAAAAGAGUAUGCAAGAUGUUUUCCAAGUUUGUUGCCAAUUUUUCUCUAUAAGUCAUUGAUAUUAUGAUUUGGAUCUAAUGGUUUUUCUAUGUCUUUUUGAUUAUCUGUGAAUUUUUAUACUUCUUUUUUUCUUGGAACUGCGGAACCGGCUAGGUUCUAUUAUUUGUGGUUAAUUAUUUAUUUAUUACGUACGUUGUAAUAGAUUUACAAAAAAA